AUGCCUCAUCUUCCGUGGAGGUCGAAGAAUUUUAGGGUCGAGGAUCAGCAACUCCAAAGUGUCCCCUAUGACUCUCUAGAAGGGGAAGAUCAGCCUAAAGACCUUUGGGAUCGAGCUCACAUACUUUUACGUGAUGACAAGAGCAACAGACAGUUGCUGGUAGCAUACGAAAGGAUCUUGCUGUCCGAGCUCAACGAAGUUGCAUCACCAUCAACAUCUGUGAACUGGGGAAGUCGUGAUAGGAGAAGGCAGGUGUCAGAUUUGAUAGUAAAGAAACUCAAAGUCAUCGAAGACACUCGAUGGAGGCUUCAACUGGGAAAAGAGACAGUGAAGGUCAAAGCCCAAGUGGACAAAGUCGUGAAGACUGUGAUUUGGGCUCAAGGUUUCGUAUCCUCAGCAAUCAGCGCAGAUCCGCACGCUGCGCUGGCAUGGGCUGGUGUAUCGCUUCUACUACCAUUGCUGCUCAACCCUACAUCGCAAAAUAAGGCUCUUGUUGAUGGCUUGGACUACAUCUCUACGCUGAUAGCUCGCUUCACCGUCAUCGAGGGGACUUAUCAGCAGCAUAUAUCGACGCGUUCUGCAACGUCUGGCUCCAAUGAUAAAACUGAGCUUGAGCGCUCAUUCGAGAUGCAAGUCACAAAGCUUUACACGCAAAUCUUAGCUUUUCAAGCUCGGGUCGUGUGCCAGCUUCCACGAAAUGCUCUAGUGCGAUACGGAAGAGAUGUCUUGAAAGCGGAUGAUUGGUCUACGAUGCUUGCUGAGAUAAAGACAACAGAGUCCAGUUGCAGCGCAAUCUCCGAUGUCGUCAGCACCGAAAAAAUAGAUGCCGCCUGGAGAGAGCAAGAACGCCGAAUGGACGAUCUUUUCCGAUCGCAGGAGGAGCACUACUGGAAGUUACAACACACGACCGACCAGAUCGCAGCUGAUCUAAAACAAGCCAUUGAAGAACAAAGAGGCUGGCACAGGACGGAUGAAGAGUCUUUGUGCCUUCAGGCGCUCUGCAACUCAACAUAUGAGGACCGUAAAAACCGAAACCCCGAUCGUGUGCCCGGUACCUGCCAAUGGUUCUUGAAUAACGAAAAGUUCCAUAAGUGGGCAGAGAAUGACUUAUCAGACCUUCUUUGGGUGACCGCAGAUCCUGGUUGCGGCAAGUCCGUACUAUCGAAGUCGCUCGUCGAUAGCGAGCUGGAAAGCACUUUGUCGCUGACCACGGCUUACUUCUUCUUCAAGGAUGAUAGCCCUGAGCAAAGGAGCGCUACACAUGCUGUAUGCGCUCUGUUACAUCAAUUAUGCAUCCAAAAUCGUGCUUUACUACGGAUAGCCGUGGGUAUCUAUCAAAAGAAUGGAAGCCAAUUAACUUUAUCAUUUGCCUGGGUGUGGGAUUUGCUGCUAGCAGUCACUCAACAUCCUGAAGCCGGUGAAGUCGUAUGCAUUUUCGACGCGCUCGACGAAUGUGAAGAAAGGGAUAAAGAGAGUUUGAUUAGCUCAUUGAAUGACCUCUACGCCUCCCAAGAAAGUUUCGAAGGCCGGCUCAAGUUCCUGAUAACAAGUCGACCCUACUAUGACAUAGAGGAAUCCUUUGACCAGAACACGUUACGACUGGCCGGAGAGGACGAAAGCGACACGAUCAAGUACGAGAUCGAUCUCGUAAUCAAGGAUAGGGUCUCCAAAAUCGCCUCCAGGAAAAGGCUGGACCCCAAAACUCGCGCUGCUUUACAGGACCGCCUUCUACAAACCGAGAAUCGGACUUAUCUCUGGCUACAUCUAACGUUGGACAGGGUCGAAAAGGGGUUCGGUCUAGCUACUCCCAAGAAAAUGAGGGCUUUCAUUGAUGAGCUACCGAGAACAAUCAAUCAAGCUUAUGAAGCCAUGUUGGAUCGGUCUCCUCAGCCGGAGCAAGCACGGAAACUGCUACACAUAGUCUUGGCCGCAGUGCGGCCUCUUGAUUUGCGUGAGAUGAACAUGGCCCUCAAUAUUGAAGAAGGCCAGGCAUCUCGGAAGGAAGUCGAUUUUUAUCCAGAAGAUUCGUUCGGCACUUAUGUUAAGAAUCUCUGUGGGCUCCUUGUGAGCAUCUUCGAUGCAAGAAUAUACCUCCUACAUCAAACAGUGAAGGAAUUUCUACUUCCCAGGGCUAUGACCCCUGGUGCAAUCAAGCGUACCGACUCGGUCGGAGUGUGGAAACACUCUAUGGAGCCAAGUGAAUCCAAUCUUGUCCUUGCAAGUACAUGUCUGUAUUACCUUUCAUUUGCUGUAUUCGACGAAGACACAUCCCGCGAUGAAUACAACCCAGAGAAGAAUUAUGAUUUUCUCAUCUAUGCAGCUUUGUAUUGGCAGAAUCAUUUCAAAUUCGCUAGAGAAGAAAGGAGAGUGAUCGAAUUGUGGUACUAUGUCUGCGAUACUGAGACUAGGCGCUUUAAUUCCUGGUACCAGGUGUGGCUGCAGCACGAAAACAAACAUGAUCUCAAGGUUAAACCAAUAGUGAGAAAGACUUCUCCGCUGAUGUUAGCCUCAACCUUCGGUCAUGAUGUGAUUGUGAGACAAUUAACUGAAGGAAAGGCUGAGAGAGAGUUCGAAGACUGGUGCGGCAUGACACCGUUAAUGUCCGCUGCAAAGUACGGGCACGAAAUUGUCGUGAGUUCUCUGAUCAGGGUUGGAGCUCUUCUGGAAGCACAGGAUUUCAGAUUGUUGACGCCUCUGGCUUAUGCUGCGACCUAUGGACAUGAACAUGUAGUCAGGGUCUUGAUCAAUGAAGGAGCAUUCAUAGAUUCGAAUAACUUCAAUGGAGAGACGCCUCUAUCGCUUGCUGCAUAUCACGGCAACCAUCUGGUCGUCAAAUUGCUGAUUGAUGCCGGAGCUCAAGUGGCUACUCCCGACAAGAAUGGCUGGACGCCUCUAAUGGCGGCUACAGCCGUUGGACACCCUAAGGUAGUGGAAAUGCUGCUGAAGACUGGAAAAUGUGUUCCGGCGGACACUCUUAGGUACACCCAAGGCCUGACGCUUCUGCACCAGGCUGCAUACAUGGCGAAUGAGACGGUAGUGAAGAUGCUUCUUGGCGCCGGUUGUUCACCGGAUUCUACGGAUAGUGAAGGUAUCACGCCGCUGGGGCUUGCAAAAAGUGGUCUUGGCGCAGAGUCUACCACUCAGCCGAGCAACCACCGCCGCUCGAAGCUGGAAGCAGUUAUAAAAUUGCUCGAGCCAGUCACAUCGAAGUGA